AAAAUCGACACACUUCACCGGCGAAGUGAACAGGCGACAUAACUCCGGCAUACAUAGACUUUGCUGGCAGAUCGUCUUGGAGGAAUAGCAGCUGAAUCAUGCGUGGAUUUUUAAGCUCCUUGGGAGUUUUAUUAGCUCUCGCGCACUUCUCGCAACAGGUGCCGGAGGAAGAUACAAGGGACUACUAUAUCGGGGCUGUGGUAGAAUUCACGCCUAAGUUCUACUUUUCCGAAAAAACUGUGCUGGAGAAUACGAAAUUGUAUAUCGAACACAUUCAAAAUGCGAGAAAACAGAACGUGGACAUCAUCGUGUUCCCGGAGGACGGUAUAACGUCUCUGGACAUACCGGGUCUACCGGAAAUGGAUGCUUGGACGACCGCCGUACCGUCUGCCGAAGAUAAUUUCAACCCGUGCCUACAGGAUCGCGCGAAUGUCACACAAGUGAUGAAGAUGCUGUCGUGCGCGGCGCGAGACAACAAGAUGUACGUCGUGGUGAACGUUGCUGAAAAAUUUGUGGACCUCAACGGCACUCAUUAUUACAAUACCAAUGCGGUGUUCGAUCGGAAUGGAAAAAUAAUCGCCAGAUACCGCAAGGUGAACCUCUACAUUGAGCCCGACUUUGAACCAAGUCCGCAACCACCAAAUAUCGUCACCUUCGACACCGAUUUCGGCGUCCGAUUUGGCACGUUCAUCUGCUUCGACAUCUUCUACCCUGUUCCUGGAUUGAUCCUGACAAGAGAUCUAGGGAUCACGGACAUCGUGUACACCACAGCUUGGUUCUCCGAAUCACCGUUCACCACCGCCGUUCAAAUGCAUUUCGGAUGGGCUUACUCCGAGGACGUGAACUUCCUGUCCGCUGGACACAAUAGACCAUUGAUUGGAUGCACCGGAAGCGGUAUUUAUUUAGGACGCGGUGGACUGGCAAACGCAACGAUGUCCGAUUCCAAUGGCAGUAAAUUGCUGGUCUCUCGGGUGCCGAAAAAGAAGGGUCCAAGGCUGGCACGCCCGCUAACGAUGCAGGAAAGAUUCGUGGAGACCAAGGAAAAAACGAAACAAGAUUGUUACAAGGAAAACAUGAAGAGGAGAGGGGUGGUUCGUGGGGUUUUACUUAAGCGCGACGAUUUCAUACCGUACGAAACCGUUCCUCUGACCGGGCCACUGUUCGAAAAGACCCUUUGUCAUCGAGAUUUCUGCUGCGAGUUCAAAGUAAACAGCACCGUCGACCAAUCGAGUAACUAUCGUGCAGUGGUUUACAGCGGAUGUCGCUAUAUCGGUGGCACAUCGACCGAAAACGGAAUUCGAGUAUGCGGAUUAACGCAAUGCUCCGACAAGGACCCUGAAUCCUGCGGCGUGGUUCAAUCGUCCAAUGUUCAAUUCAACAAUGUGUCGAUCACCGCGACCUUCGACGAUUUGACGUGGUCUUCGUCGAUACCGAGCACAUUAAACCCGGAGUUGCUACCGUUCGAUGAUUUCGUAUACGAUGAAUACAUUCUCCCUAACAAAACGGUUGCGACUCUUGUUCUGACCAAGCCUCAAACUGACAUUUCAAGUUUCUCAAUUUACGCUCGCGAUUAUUUUAACGACUCUCCUCAUUAAGACUGUUGUGUAAAGAGGAGUAAAAUUUAUUUUUGUAAAUAAAAAGAGAGCUAAAACUGAAA